GCCUUCACUCACUUGCAGGAAUAGUUUUUACUUACCUGUUGGCUCUUGCUCUGUUCACGAGACACUCACAUGGAAUGUGCCUACUUACUUUCUUCAACCCCCUUAUUUCUGGACGUUCCAGCCUCGCUGCUGUAUGAUCAGAGGCUGUGAAGCUGCAGCUGUCAGGAUUAGUCCUCUGUGAGGACUCACUGCCGGUGUGUGCAGUAGUAAACUGCGUGCUUUGGUGCUUGCCUUUCAGGCACCAUCGGAGGUCUCACCAGCAAAGCAAGAGUUGUGGAUGAUACUUUUUAACCUUCUAGAAACUCAGCUAACUCAUAUAUAUAGUUUUCAAGAAAUGAUCAAGAAAGCAUCAAUAUAUAGCCAUCCCUUAGUUCAUCGCUUAAUGGAUCUCAAAGCUCAAAAAGAGAACAGAGAAGCCGAUGAUGACAGGAAAGUGGUUGCAGAGAUCAUGCAGAGGUGUUUUGUUCCAGCUUUUGUAACAGCCAUCUCCUGGGAGGGAUUUCAUUUCGUUGGUCAUGAGAUUCGGAUUACCGAAGCCAUGGACUGUUACGGUGCUAUUGUUUGGCCAUCGGCCCUUGUUCUAUGCUAUUUUCUGGAAACAAAUGUAAAGCAGUAUAACAUGGUUGACAAAAAUGUGAUUGAAAUUGGAGCUGGAACAGGGUUAGUCUCCAUCGUGGCGAGUUUACUUGGUGCACACGUGACUGCCACAGAUUUACCUGAGUUACUUGGAAACCUGCAAUAUAAUAUUUCCCAAAACACCAAAAUGAAAUGUAAGCAUUUGCCUCAGGUUAAAGAGCUCUCCUGGGGUGUAGCUUUAGACAAGAACUUUCCCAAGGCUUCCAGCAACUUUGACUACGUCCUGGCGGCCGAUGUCGUCUAUGCUCAUCCAUUUCUGGAAGAACUCCUCAUUACCUUUGACCAUCUGUGCAAAGAGACCACCGUCAUCCUCUGGGUCAUGAAAUUCAGGUUGGAGAAGGAAAAUAAAUUUGUAGAUAGAUUUAAGGAGUUGUUUAACCUGGAGGAGAUUUCCAGUUUCCCUAGCCUGAAUAUUAAGUUGUAUAAAGCUAUGAAGAAAAAUUGGAGGAGUGCAUGAUAUCCUCAGAGGACGACUUGGAAAGGGAAGGCAAUUUCUAGUGAUUAUUAUUGCUUUAACAAAGAACCUGGAUGAUCUGAUAUAGCUGACUUUCCCAAGGGGACACACACACACACACACACACACACACACACACACACGCGUGCACACACGCCUUGCCCCAGACAGGGAUUUUCCCAGAUAUAGCACACAGGUGUAUAAAAUGGCAAAGCCAUUCUGUGUGGUAAUUGGUUAGGACAAUGUCUGUCUGCUUUCCUUAUCUUUCUAUAGUACCAUUUAUAAUUAUUAUCAUCUUAAUAAAUGGUGCAAUUAUUGUUAAUGUAUAACUGUAGAAUGAUGGUUUUUUACAUUUUACUUAUUUAUUUAUUUUUGGCUGUGUUGGGUCUUCGUUUCUGUGCGAGGGCUUUCUCUAGUUGUGGCAAGCAGGGGCCACUCUUCAUCGCGGUGCGCAGGCCUCUCACUAUCGCGGCCUCUCGUUGCGGAGCACAGGCUCCAGACGCGCAGGCUCAGUAAUCGUGGCUCAUGGGCCCAGUUGCUCCGCGGCAUGUGGGAUCUUCCCAGACCAGGGCUUGAACCCGUGUCCCCUGCAUUGGCAGGCAGAUUCUCAACCACUGUGCCACCAGGGAAGCCCAAUGAUGGUUUUUAAUAAUGGUGUGUCUAAAAUGUUUUAAACAUAAGCUUAUGUGAUUCUCUCUUUAGAAAUAAAGAAAUGGACUAUAGUGGGCUCUACAAAUAAAUCUGAAUAGGUGGACAUAGAAUGUAAUGGUCAAUGUUAGAUUAUUGUGGCUUCAUUAGUGCCAGCUUAUUGGUGGUCUGUCUUCUCUGCUUGGCAGGGUGGGUCUCCAGCACACCGUCUGAAAUCAAUCAAGCUGGUGGAUUCGAGGUUACAGGCAAGGACAUUUCACUCCAGUAAAUGAAAAAUGAAUGGAAGAAAACAUAAAAGCAGUUGAGAUUUUGGAGGAGUCAUUGUUUUAUUUUUAAGCCAAGUACAGUUAUUCUGCAUCACAGAAAGAGAAAUAAAUAUAAAAACUUUUCAUGUGUAUAAAAAUACACAUGAAAAGAUUUCAGUCUCUAAUCUCAAAUAACCAGACAUAUGGCUGGUUUUAAAGUUUAAAGCUCUUCUGAUAAACAUAUAGAGACCUAGAUAUUUGAAAUCCUAUGUGCUUUUUUUUUUUUUCACAAGGACCUUAGAGAUUAGAAUAAAGUCUGAAGUAAUUAAAGUCAGUGCAAGAAGAGCAAAAUAUUAGGAUUUUGUACCAUGUAACAAGACUAGCGGUUGGUAACUCUUCCGGGUUCUCGGUGAUGUUUGCUAGGCGGGCUCUGUGCCCUGAGGGUGGUACUUGCCCAGCCGUUUCUGCUUUGCUGGAAGUUCUCAGUCUACUCAGGGUUGAACAGAGCUGAAAAGUUGAUUUCCUAGGACUCUGACCUUAAGCCAGGAUGCAAAUGUACUCUCAGUGGGUGUUUUGGUAUGCACGGUUCCUGGGGUCAUCUCUCAAUAAUUACCAGUAUUUAUACGCCCCUUUAUAGUUUUCACAGCCUGUUGUGUACAUAAAGUCAACUAAUCCUCACGACCAUUCUAAGAGUCUGUGUAAUGUCAGUAUCCCCACUGCACAGAUAAAGGAGCCGAGGCCCCCAGGGGUGGAGCCCCACAGCUUCCGAGUGGCAGUGCUAGGCAGUCAGGCCCAGGUCUGAGUCCAGAGACCGUGUUUUUUUUUUUUAACCAUUGCUCUGCCUUUAUGUAUUUAAAACAGUAAUUUUCAAACUCUUUUGUAAGUGAGUGAAGUCAUUUCUUUCAAGUGAAAUCAAUACCUGGAAAGGUAAGCAAAUGCAUCCGGAAAAGAUUAGAAUCUCUUUCUCUGGGUUCAGGGAGGCUCAUUUAGAAAGUGACAUUUAAGCGAAGCUGGAAGGAGGUGAGGGAAGCAGCAGUGCAGGUAUCUGGGGAGGUGUGUCCCAGGCAGAAGGAACAUCUCUGCCAGCACCUUAAAGCAGGAGCCCAGCGGUCCUCAGGAGGAAACAUCGGAGGCCGGUGAGCUCGGAGCAGGGCGAGCCGGGGAGACUAGGAAGCUUCGGCAUCAGCGGCUGGAGGGGGCGGCCGGAUCCCGUCGGGCCUUCGUGGCAGGCUGGGUUCUCCGGAAGCAGGCCAGGAGGUGGCAUUUGGUGUGCAGGUCAUUUUUAGGAGUGUCGUUGGGAUCAAGACCUGUGGAAGGAACAGGAGGAGGCGGGGCAGAAGCAGAGGCGGAGCUGCCGUGCACAGCCUCAGCAGACCCACCCCCGUGGGGCUCUGGACCUGGGGGCGGGGAUGGGGGGCGCUGAGACUUCUGAGCCUUGAUAACCCGUGUCGCUCAGUCACCGGACGUGGGUGGCCCUCCAAGGCGGUGACCUUGGGCGAGGUGACUUACGCCGGGGGAGGGGUGGGGUGAGGCGAUGCCCGCCGGCGUUGACAGCCCAGGGCCGCCUGCCAGCAGCACUGCCAGCGUGGAGGCGAUGAGUCACCCUGAGGGUCUGCGCAGCACAUGAGGGCAGCCGCAACCUCAAGGCCAUUGCGAGGACCUCGGCUUUUCCUCCGGCGAAGUGGAGGAUGGCGGGACGGUUUGGAGUAGAGGAGCGAAACAGUUACCCCUCCGUGGAAGGACCGCUCUGGCUGAUGUUCCUAGGACACUACGCAGGGCGGAGGGGCCCGCGGGGAGGCUGUGGUGAGGAUGGCAGCCCCCCCCACCCCAGCGGGGACUGUGCCCCGAGGUGGCGAGGAGGGGUCGUUUCUAGAGGAGUGUGGAAGCUAAAGCCCACCGACCUUCUCUCCAUGCUGAGUGUGAGUGUGAGGCCGACUCGGGAGUGUUUGGUCCGAGCUGCUGGACAUCACAGAGCAAAGGGCAUCAGAGUCAUCAGCUGAGAGGUGGUUUGCACAGCUCACGCAGGGAGCAAGAGUGAACACGGGCCGAACGAGGACUGAGCCCGCAGGCGGCCGAGCUGAGGUCACACGCAGCUAGAGCUGAGCCAUGUUUUCGAGGUUCUGCCCUCCUUCCCCCAAAUUAUAUUAGGAUCUGUUGACUCUGAAAGAAUUUACCACCGCUGUGGUUUUUGAGCUGGCCAGCAGAGUCUCAGGGUUCCUAGAAGCUGCCUCAGAGGCUUCUAGGAGGGUUUUAGGUGAAACAGCAUGAAUCUUGGGGUAACAAAUGAAAAAAAUGGCUCCUCUGCUAAAAAAAGGUUGUAUAUCACUACUAAGCUAUUUUUAGGUAGACUAGAUAAAGUGUCCUUCUUUCAAAGACUGUUAGAACCAAGCCAGCCGUGUGGUUCUUAACAGUUCCUCUUUCUCUAAGUGUCAAUCUGUAAACACAAUGCUUAAUAUCCAUUGCUUUAUCCUGUUUAUAGCAUUCCCUUGCAAAUUGUAGCACCCACCCACAUACCCUGUGUCGCUCCUGCUUCACUCCAUUCUGUGUGUUUGUCUACUUUUAUCUUUUUGCUGUCGUUUCUCCACACUUUUCUGGAUUCAAUUUUACAAUAAUUGAAUUCCAAAAGAUGUAAUUUGAGUAGCUUUUUUCUAUCUUACAGUGUUUUGUUUUUUUUUUUUAAUGGCUAGGAAUUGAUUUGUUAACUUUAAUCCAAGAGAAUUUACUGUGAAUUUUGCCUUUGCUCCCCUACCUUCCUCCCUCCUUCCCUCCCUCCCUCCCUCCCUCCCUCUCUCUCUUUCUUUCUUUCUCUCUUUCCGUCUUUCAUUCUGACAGGUUCAACUAUGCUACUGAAAACCUUAGUCUAUUUCUUGCAGUAACUUUCUGGGUUUCUAAUAGAGUAACAAUACUGCCUGUCAGGGUUUUAAUAGAGGUUAUCACAGAAUCAUUAUUGCUUCACAGCAGACAUACCAACUUGCUGGCAAUACUCUGCAGCUUAAAAUUUCCGUUAUAUGCAUGUAAACACGAGAGUUUUUGUGCCCCAGACCAUAUCAACUGACUUUAGGAAACUAAAUACUGUACUCAAAUCUUCUGUCUUAGAAUUUACUGAUCUACCCUAUUUCAUUUGUACCAAUUUUUGUCUACCAGAAUGUUAAAACAUUGGUUUUCAUUCCAUAUUAAUAUUUGGUUCUCUUUUUGGAUAAAGAAUUGUGGCAUUGGGUAACUUCCUAAGAGAUUUGGAGCCAUAGAAUAAAGAAAGAAGAUGAGGAAACAUAACAGAAUGGAAUGUUCCUUUUUUUUUUCCUUUAAAUCCUCAGAUUUCAGGAGCUUGGUGUUCUCUGUGAAUGCCUGGUCUUUGUACACAGAGAUCAUGUCCAACUUGCUUUAAGCAUUGCUGUUGGCAUGAGAGCAGAUAAGUAAUUUCUGAAUAUCCUUUGGUAGUAAAACAUAUCCACUGGGUAGGAUUUUGGUACAAGAAAAUAUUUACAUGUACUAAUUUUGAAAACAAUCUUGGGACCUUGGGCUCUAGAAAUAAAAGAAUUAAAGUCAAAUUAAGUAGAUCAGAUAAGUAAGCUUAGUGAUAAGUUUAGAAGAAAGUUAAUUAUACUGUGCCUCUUUUCUCGAUUCCAUUUUAACUUAAUUUUCAUGGAAAUCUACACGUGAAGGAAGUAAAAAAAUUGUCAAAUAUGUGCAUUUUUUCCACCAAAUUAUAAGGCAGUACUAAAUAAAAUUGGGAAUGCAGCAGGUAAAUCUUUUCACAAAACGUAGGGGAUACGGGCAAAGCAAAAUUGAAAAAUCAUAGAUAUUUGGUAGUGUGUUUGUGUGUGGACCUAAUUCUUCACGUCUGCUUUAUGGAGUCUGGAAAUAGUUCACAAAUGAUUUCCACAUCCAGGUUUUGGCAUUUUUGAGUUUGUAAUGUGAAAUUAAGUCUAGAAUAUUUACCUGCAAGCCCAAUUUCAGUAUGUGCUCUGCUUCCAAGUUUCACACGUAAUCAAAGACAGUGUUCUGUACAAUUGUGUGGUUGUAUUAAUGGGACAGUUGUGUCUUAGGUCGCCUUAGGUAGCAUCAGUUGGUUCUGUGGUCAUACUAACUCCUUUUACUAAGAGUUUCUGGCCUGGACAUGAGUAUUUACUCGGAUUGCGUAUAGCUAUGUUGUAGUUAGAUUGCUGGGCACACACCAUUGACUGCCUGUGCUCUUGAACUAACCUUUGGCCUCUAUCAUCAACAGUGCUUAUACUGGGAAAGCUUGAAGGCAGGAGUUUUUCCUCUCACUUCUCUCAGUUUCUUUGUUCCUGAGGCAAUUGUCUUUCCUUGAAAUCCAAUCAAGUUUUAGAAUUGGCACUCAACCAUCAAGGAAUUUAAAAGCAUCACUAAAAAUGAAAACAGAUGUCCAGGUCAAUUUUUCGAUAAAUGGCAUUAAUAGAAAAAAAAUAGGAAAAUGUUGGCUAUCUGCUGCUAAUCACUAACACUUUAGCAUACCAAAAUGUAUUGUUAGGUUUUCUAAACAAAAGCACAAACUGAGUAAAACUAAAAUAAGGCAUAUAAAAAUACUUUAAUGGCUA